AUGGACAGUUAUGGUUUCUCCACGGCGGAGCAAUGCUAUUCUGGUGGAGAACUGAUCGGACUCAGCAAACAACAGAGAGGGAUUUUGGUGGAGCAGUUGCGAUGGGCGGUGAUAAAUUUAGGGUUAGUAAGGAGAGAAAGCCAGUGUUUGGAUACAGACUGGAAGCGGAUUAAGGACUUGACGGGCAGUCUUGAGAGAAUGUCUGUGAUCAUGUCUUGGGGCAAAUUUUUAAAGACAACCAUUGUUUUUUGCUCUUUUGUUUUUUCCAUGUCGUUUGCUAGGAUGAAUUUCCAGAGAAAUUUAUGGGAAGAGGAGGGGAGGGAUGGAGGCUUGAAAGGAGAGAAUUUAUGUUCGAUGCCCUAG